GCGUGUUGAAUAUCGCUGUUGUGAAAGUAUUACUAAAUUCCUCUACGUCGGUGUGAAUAAUUCUACUGCAUGUUUGUGUACUGUGCUGUGAUCCAGUGAUCCGCCCGGCCUUGCUGUUUCGUUCAUAUGGCUGUUAGAGUGCUGCUGUCUCAAGUGAAUUCGAGUGAUGCGCAUCAAUUUGCACCGAUAACGAUAAUAUCGAUAUCGAGUGUUUGUGCUUACACUGAACAUAAUUUAAUAAGGCCGAUUGCUGCUUAUUGUAAAUUGGUUCCGAAAAGGGCACAUUAUUUGGCGACAGGCUCAAAUUUGAACUCAAACAACCUUAACGCAUCUUAUUCUUCGUUGUACACAACAUCAUCCUCGACAAAUUAAAUUCUCAGCCUAACAACGGCCUUAACCGGCUUGAUCGUAACGCAACCGGCUUACGCAACGCCAAGUGCACCCAAACACUUCUCACGCGUCCCAUAAGAGAGCCGUCCGCGUGCACGCGCAUUGACCCCGGAUUGCCGGCAACCGGGCACGAGAUUUCGUUUGGCAUGCACACGAGAUCAAUCGCGCAUUCCACACCUGAAGAAUGUAACCAAAAAAAAGGAUGAAUAUGAUUUUAUGCUACACAAACACACCCUUGCUGCUUGUUUUGCCGGAAUUCAAAUGAGGCUACAGAGCGAGAGAGAGAGAAAAAAAAGGAUCACCAAUAAAAAAAAUCCAGUUCCUCCCUCUCUCGUGACCGGCGAAGAGGUUCUCCCUCCUUUUGCCCCCCCCCCCACCAUCGCAAACGGACGGAAUGGUUGUGUUUUGUGUGACCCUCCCCACCCGUUCGGAUGGUGCCAGUUAGCGGCGAGCGCCGCUGUAUCGUUCCAGACGUCGAGGCGAACGGGUCUGGAAAGCAAUAGCUGCGCGUUCUUCCUAUCGAAAUCGUUUCGUGUACCACCUCGGGCGCCACACAUCUUCUACAGUUCUAGCCGGUCCAGGCGGGUGAAGCCGGUCCAAGCGGUGAAGGGCGCGGGUGGCGGUGCGGUUUCCUUUUCCUUUUCCUCCAUGCAGCCACGUGCGCACAUGGCUUUCGGCAACGCGCGCGUUUAAGAUAAAAAGGGUCAUUAUUGUUAAAGAGAGGCAAGACGACGCACGCACGUUUCACCAGGCGAACAUAGGCUGUGCUGGAGUGGCAGUGCCGGGUAGUGAGGAAAAGUAGUGUAACUCGCCGCAGGCUUUAGAAGUAGAUCGGCUUUGCAGAACGGCCGACCGGUUUGAAGGUAACCGUACUUUGCAAGGCAGCAACCGUAGCACGGUUAAGUAGCAGCAAGCAAGCAAGGCACCGGACCGUUUACCAAACCGUGAUGGGUCUAUCACGCGUGGAGCGCGUUAUCCCCGGGACACGAUGGCUGCGCGGCUACACGGGACAGUUCGUGGUGGCCGAUCUGAUCGCCGGUAUCACCGUAGGUUUGACAGUACUUCCCCAAGGGUUGGCGUAUGCGACACUUGCCGGUUUAGAGCCACAAUACGGUCUAUACUCCGCCUUUGUCGGUGGCGUUGUGUACGCGCUUCUGGGUGGCUGCCGUGAGGUGACGAUCGGUCCAACCGCCCUACUAUCACUCAUGACUAGCCGACACACUGGCUACGGAGGUGCGUCCGGUCCGCAGCUCGCCAUACUGUUAUGCUUCCUGUCGGGCGUAGUCGAGCUGCUGAUGGCCGUCCUACGGCUUGGUGCGCUGGUCGAUCUCAUCUCGCUGCCCGUUACGGUGGGCUUCACGUCGGCCACCGCACUGAUCAUUGGAGCGUCCCAGCUGAAAGCGCUGCUCGGCAUACGGGGUGGGUCGGGGUCAGGGUUCGCCAGCACCGUGCGCACCGUGGUGGAAAAGCUUCCCGAGGCCCGGAUAGCCGACAGCAUACUGGGUGUCGUAUCGAUCGCUGUACUGCUGGCAAUGAGGAAAUUAAAAGACAUCAAAACACCGCCCGAAGCUACGCGAGGACGCAAAACACUGGGAUUCGUUUGCUGGCUAAUUGCAACAGCGCGCAAUGCGCUCGUCGUGCUGGUGACCAGCUUUGUCGCGUUUUACUACGAUCAACGGGGCGAACGGCCGUUCAUACUGACCGGCACGGUGAAAAGUGGAAUUCCGGACUUUCAGCUGCCACCGUUCAGCACCGUACUGCCGACAGGCGGUGGACCCAAUGGAACCGAACCAGUGCCGGUCGGCUUCGUCGGCAUGAUCGAGGAGCUGGGUGCAUCGAUUGCACUCGUGCCCAUUAUCGCGGUGCUGGGCAAUGUGGCCAUCUCGAAAGCGUUCGGCGGCAGCGGCAUCAAUCCGACGCGUGAACUGGUCGCCCUGUCGCUCAGCAACAUUUGCGGAUCGUUCUUCAGCUCGUUUCCCGUGACGGGAUCGUUCUCGCGCAGUGCGGUCAACCAUGCGAGCGGCGUAAAGACACCGAUCGGUGGCAUCUACACCGGUGCGCUCGUGCUGUUGGCGCUCGGUGUGCUGACGCCCUACUUCCAGUACAUCCCAAAGGCUGCCCUCAGCGCGGUGAUCAUUUCGGCGGUCAUCUUUAUGAUUGAGUACGAGGUGAUCCGCCCGCUGUGGCGAUGCAGCAAGCGCGAGCUUAUUCCGGGCGCGGUAACGUUCGUGCUGAGCCUAAUCAUCGGUGUCGAGCUGGGACUGUUGGCCGGUGUGCUGACCGAUCUGGCCUUUGUCGUGUACCGGACCGCUCGCCCACUGCUGACGGUUAGCGUGGCAGAUACGGCCCUCGGCACGCAGUACAUUUUAAUCCGUCCAAAUCACAGCCUCUUAUACUUUCCGGCCGUUGAAUGGGUGCGCAACGUCACGUCCAAAGCUAUUAAGCAGCAUGGCAACAUUCCGGUGGUGUUUGACUGCCGGUUAGUGAAUGAAUUCGAUUACACUGCCGCGACUGGUUUGCAAAUGCUGCAAAAGGAGCUGGAGAAGAAAAAGAUCCCCCUGAUCGUGUACGGAUCGACGAACGAGGUGCGAAAGCUGCUUCAGGAAACGCUGAAAAGCAGCCUGAUCGAGGUGACGAACGAUGACGAGCUGGAGGUUCUGCUGCAGGAGCUGUCGCCCGCCGACGGUGCAGGUAAGCAUGAGCUGCGGGAAGUCGUUACACCGCUCCUAUCGCCCGACCGUGCACCGCCCAUCGCCGAGCUCGAGGAUUCGUGAACGGUUUACCAUGUGCCUUUUUAUCAGUCUGUGUGUGUGGUGUGUGGUAAUGUCCUGUGUACGCUGUGUUCGUUCCGACUCAUCGAUUACUUUUUAUGUUGCGAAUCAUCCCAAUCAUCCUUUGCCGACCGCUGCGUGUACCGCUUGCGCAUGUGCUAUGUAUGUGUAACCCACCCAUAUGUAUCGGGCCAAAUUCAUGUUCCUUUCUGUAUGUUAUCCUCUAUCUUCGUCGCGUGUAUUAUAGGUGUACGAUAAGAAAAGAUAAGAAAUCUCCUUCCUAAAGCUCUCCUGGACAAAUGGGGGGGUAACUUAUCUGCUCAUGCUCAUGAUUACCCCCUGAAUAUUAGUACCGAUUGGCCACUGACAGGCAGAAAUGAAUUCGAAUUUAUUGUUAACUAUAUUUGUUAAGCGCACAGGUGUCUGUGUAUUGCCGGAUUACAAUAAAGCAAAUGUAUUUUAAACACAA